GUGUGCAUUUCUAUGCAAACUCAUCAGACCGUAAAAAGAGGAGGGUCCCGGCGUGUGCCUUCGAUGGGACGAGGUUAUGGGGGGGCAUUGCGUGCAUAGUAAUUUAUUUUUUUUCAACUCAGGUACAUCUGCUUAGCAAGCUGCAAAUCCUCCUUUAUUUCCACCCGAAACCAAGCCCUUCUCUCCACCCUCCCAAACCAACUCCGCAAAUCCAUAGGGAUCUUAGUUCCAUCUGAUUGGUUGGGGAUGAGGCAACAAGGGGCGAGAACAAUAUCAUAAUUUCCCCUUAAAACGAGUGCAGCUAUGUCGUGAUGAAAGCAUCUCGGGAGGAGAACGAAUCAAUAGCAGCCAGGGGAACGGUGAACAAUCAAAGUGUCCGAUGUGUCUAUAAUAAUAACCUGAACCUGGAUUUUAUUUCAACAUAAUCUGUGCGUCAACAGUGCCUUAAUCUGUUCCGUCCAUCGCAAAAAUGCCAAGAGGAUUUUUAGUGAAAAGGAACAAGAAACCAAACCCUAUGUCUUACAGGGUCCGCUCUGAUGAGGUGGAGCAGGGACAACAAAUACAAGCUUUCGCAUCCUCCCCUGAGCGCGCAGAUGCAGCAUCCCUGCUCUGCGAGGCAUCAGCAACAGCAGCAGCCCCCGGACAAGAUGCUAAACCUGUUCAGUUUGGGAACCCGGAGGCAUUGUACCAGGUUCUCUACAGCCCCACCCGGCCGGCCAGUAAAGACCAUGAACAAGGAUAUUUAGAGAGACAUUUCAAUCUCGGCUCACCGGUGUCUGCUGAAUCCUUUCCCACACCUGCAUCGCAUACCACUUUAGAUCCCCUCUUUGCCCCCGUGGACCUAAAAAUCGGUACUAGCAACUGCAAUCGGACCGGGACAACCACGAACCCAAAUCUACCCGCUGUCACCGGGAAUGGCACCAAAAGGCCUUCAAGCGACACCGAGCGUAAAAACAAGCCUCCAUCAAAAAAAAACAAAGCUAUCAAGAAACUACAUUUCGAAGACGAGAUGACCACAUCACCCGUGCUUGGGCUCAAAAUUAAAGAGGCUCCCGUCGACCAAAAACCCAGACCACAGCCGGCAGCAGGUGACAAGCCUCUCGGUGAGUUCGUCUGUCAACUGUGCAGAGAAGCAUAUGGCGACCCCUUCGCGUUGGCCCAACAUAAGUGUUCCAGGAUAGUGAGGAUUGAGUACAGAUGCCCUGAAUGUGAUAAGGUUUUCAGCUGCCCGGCAAACCUAGCCUCCCACAGGCGCUGGCACAAACCAAAACCUCAAAAUAACGCGUCAAUGUCUGGUGCACAACAUAUUAAAUCAGAGAGUGAUAAGAUGUGCGCGCUCGACAAGGCUGUGUCUGAUGAAAUAAAGGGCCGGAGUGAUAGAGACACACCCAGCCCCGGGCUGUCAGAGUCGGGAUCAGUUGGAUCAGAGGAGGGUCUCUAUGAUUGUCAUCACUGUGGGAAAAAGUUUAAACGCCAGGCAUACCUAAGAAAGCACAUAAUAUCUCAACAUGCCACAGCUUCCCACAAUACCAGCAGUGAGGUCCACGAUGCCUAUCCCUUAUCCCAAAACGAAGGAAAACCGAGUGACAAAACUCCAAGCCACGCACCAUUGAAUCUGAGUUCCUCAGGGUGCCACCUGUGCCCUGUUUGUGGAGAGGACUUUCCCAACAGAGUCAACCAGGAGAGGCACAUCCGUCUCCUCCACUCCUCGCAGGUCUACCCAUGCAAAUACUGCCCUGCCAUGUUCUACAGUUCUCCGGGACUUACACGGCACAUCAACAAAUGUCAUCCCUCAGAAAACAGGCAGGUUAUACUCCUUCAGAUGCCUGUGCGACCAGCCUGUUAAACUGAAGAGAUACCUGUGCCUUUACGUGUGGACGUCAUACAGUAUGCGUGAAGUUUGUCUCCGUCCUCGACCACUGCAUUUACUAAUGGGGAUUUAAAAUCCCGUUUGGAGCUUGAAUUAUAUAUUUUUCAGACUCAUCUUAGUUUAUCUAAAGUACGUAAAGCAUUAGACUGUUAACUUUAUUUUUCUAGGAUCUCUGCACAAGUGCUUUUGCAUUAGCUUCUAGACCUAAGAAAGGCAUAUCCUAGCUGUACUGUUGUCAUACAAUUGCCUUUUAAUUCACAGGCUGGAAAUGUAUCUAUCACUUUAUUAGCUUGUGAAUCUGUGGACAUUCAAUUUUAGCUUUGUCUCUGAACAUAAUACAAUUUGAAAGGUUUGCCCUAGUGUAGCCAUCAAUGCCUUGGAUUAGAGCUCAUGUACACACACUCCUGCUGUAAAACUGCCUUAAUUUAUAUGUCGAAUAAUGAUUGUUUUUAAUGUCUUAUUUAUCAUUGGCCAGAUAUUGUAUCAUUAUUGUUAUUUUACACGUGUAUUGCCAAUAUACCACACAUAAAACCAUCAUGGUUAUUUUCUAUUUAUUUAUUUAUUGAAUUGAUCUUAUGUAAAUGAUGUUUUGUGUGAUUUAUGUGAGACUUAUUCAUGUGUUUUUUCAUUGCCAUAGCCAAAUUAUCCUUUUGACUUAUUUAUUUCAAGUUUACAUAGAUACUGAGGAUGGUGUAUAAGUAAUCGAUCGACCCUGAGUUUAUAAAACAUUCUCUUCAAUGCUCUUAAAUGCAAUCCUGGUUUUUGCUCUGAUUGUUUUAUAACUAUUAGCUAUAUGUCUAAAUAAUAAAAGCAAAAAAAUCUA